AUGCGUCUUCUCCAUAUGCAGCAUCAAGCCCACCACCAGCAACAAGGUCACCCGCCUUCACAGCAGCUCCAGCACUCGCGCCCUCCAAGCAUUGUUCACCAGCAUCAUCAGCAGCACCCGCAACACCAGCCGCCGCAGCAUCACCAGGGCGCAUACUCGUCGCAGCACACUCUUCCACAGGCGUACCAGGCCAGCAACCAGGCUACCAGCACGCCCGAGGCCCUGAACUACUACAACCACCCGAGUCCGUACAGCACACCAGGUGCCACGAGCGGAUACACGUCCGCCGAUACCUCCGACAUGAUGGCCGCCGCCCAAAUGCCUAGACCUCCCUACCCUCCAAUGUCAUAUCAUACACCACAGUCAAACUCUCCCGCAUCAGUAGCGUCACCGUCGCAGCAUGACCAGCACCGAAGUUUGUACGGCCAGCCGCCGUCUCAGCAUUUGCAGCAGUCCAUGUACUACCAGCAGCCCCAAUACCAGUCAAUGCCCCAUCAGGCGGCACCCUCUCCCUACGCGCAGCACCCCCAUCAUCACCAGCAGUCAAUGGCAUCGCAGCCCAACAUGAUGAUGUCGCAUGCGGCACCGCAGAACCAGAUGCCGCCUCACGCGGCGCAGCACGCACAGCAUGCGCAGGCUGGCAUGACGGGCAGCCCGCGGCCCAAGAUUGAGCCCCAAGUUCCCCUGCAGUUGCAGAAACAGCAGCCGCAGCCUUCUCCCAUGGCGCAACCCCACCAUCAACAAGGCCCGCCGCAGCUUCAAAGUCCCUCAAACCCGACUCCCGCGGUCAAUCCCAAUGCUGCCCCCGGCCCUAUCCCCGCGACGACGCCUCUUGUCGUGAGGCAGGACGGCAACGGUGUCCAGUGGAUCGCCUUUGAGUACUCGCGAGACCGGGUCAAGAUGGAGUACACGAUCCGCUGCGACGUCGAGUCGGUCAACAUCGACGAGCUCUCCCCUGAGUUCAAGCAGGAGAACUGCGUCUACCCCAGAGCGUGCUGCCCCAAGGACCAGUACCGCGGAAACCGUCUCAUCUACGAGACUGACUGCAACAGAGUCGGCUGGGCCCUGGCGCAGCUCAACAUUCCCCUGCGGGGCAAGCGAGGUCUCAUCCAGCGCGCCGUGGACAGCUGGCGCAACAGCAACCAAGAUCCCCGGCUCCGAAGCCGAAGAGUCCGCCGUAUGGCCAAGAUGAACAGCCGCAAGCAGCAGCAGCAGGUCCAGGGCGCUCCGCACCCCGGCGCCCACAUGUCGGGCCCCGGUGGACCAGGAGGUCUCUCUGCCGCUCCCGCACCCAUGCCCACAGCUCAUGCACCCAACAUGGGCAAGCCAACGAUAGGCAGCAUGGGGCAGCCUAUGCACCAUCACCAUGCCGGGGGCCACCCUGACGGCGCACCGGGUGGAGAAGAAGUCGGGAAUAACUCUUACGAGGACCAUCACCACCACCACCAGGCGCCAACAGCUCAGAUGCCCCCCGUCGGCAAUGAUGAUGUGAGACAAGCUCACGUCUUUGCGGGAUACGCGGGUCCGGGCUCAUACCCUGUCGGCCCUCAAGGCGGGUCGAUGUCUCAUAUGGCUCCCCGGACCAACGGGCCCAUACCGGCGAGGAGCCACAGUCGCGUUGACGAUUCUGGGGACGGUCUGUUUCCUGAUAUCCCCGAGGCCAAGAGGCGCAAGUUCAUCCUGGUCGAGGACAAUGUUCGGGGAUCACGCCUUCGGGUGCGUGUCACGCUCGACGGUGUUGAUACUAAUGAGAUCCCGGACAGCUUCCGCAAGGGAGCCAGUGUAUUCCCCCGAAGCUACUUCCCUCGUGAAAUGCAGAGCCCGCCUCCCAGUGCUACGGGCUCGCGGUUCUUCGUUGAUGACUAUUCCGAUGACGGCACACAGGAGACUGAAGGUCGCGAGGCCUCACGUCGUGGCGCCGAGAAGCUGAGGGGCGAAGUGGUCAAGGUUACCAUGGCAGAGGGCCAAGAGGGAGAGGCAACUAUUCCAAGACUGAGGAAGUCAGGCCGCACCAAAGAGGUGCGACUGAAUGAUCUCGGUUACCGUAUGGCCUGGCUGCAGAGCCGAGUCUUUUCUGGAAGGACUGUGUUCCUCCAGCGAGCCCUUGAUUGCUACCGAAACAAGACUCGUGCAGCUAUUGAGAGUACAAUGGCGGACGUUCACGCUGUUGCGCCUCAUUUCGAGACAAGACCCGGCAAACGGCGAUGGGCCGGCCGAAUGAAGCGUGGUGCGAAGAACGACGACUAA